AUGAGCUUCAUUGAGCCACAUUCACCUUCACUGCCCGAUCAUCAGUUGGAGUCGCAAUCUCCUAAGAGCAAAGUGAAAGUUUCAGAAAGCAAUAUGGAUAUAGACAAUACAGCGGACCAAAAGCAUACUCAACAGGUGGAUCCUAUAGCGCAGAUUCAGAAUUUUGAUUUAUUAUCGGACAUAUUUGGUCUACUACAUGAUUUACAGACAGGAGUCAUACUGGCAAAAGAUAUUGACUCUCAUGCUGGAAGCAUACGAUUGAAAAUUUCUAAGCUCAAACAAAAUUUACAGGAAAUUGAUGGUAUCCAUGAAUCCAUUAAGUAUAGGCAACAGAUGAUAGAAUCAUUAAAAUGCAGUAACCGCAAGAAGCUGGAAUUUUUAAAGAACUUCAAGGACCGAGUCAACAGAGAAUUGGACUAG